UCAGUUAUAUGAAUAAUAUCUUUUGCACAUUCCGGCGAGAGAGAUGGCCACCUUGUCUCCGUCGUCGUGUCUCCUCAGAAACCUCAUUCUGUCGCCUUCUCCUCAUCCCUUUUCCCGGCCAAUUUUUGUCGUCGGCUCACGGAGGAGGCAUCUGGUGCAGAGACCCAGCAGCGCGCUCAGGGAAUGGAGGGAGUACGAAGACGCUGUCAAGAGAAAAGAUCUGGCCGGGGCUCUCAGAUUCCUCAAAACCGUCCAAGUCAUCGAUAAACAGGCAGCUGAAGCCGCCAUCGAAUCGAUAAAUAUUGCGGCGGCGCCGGCUCUUGAUUGGGAGGUGUUGGAUGCGUGUUUGAAUGCAGAUGAUAUGAGACUGGUUGGGAGUGCUUUUAGGUUUCUCAAGGACAGAGGUCUACUCCCCAACUUCUCCAAGUUCACCAAUAUUGUUUUGGAGGGCCCAAGAGAAGUCACACCUACUGUCCUCAAGUCUGCAACUGGCUUGGAAGUGACUAAACUUGCACCCAAGAAGUGGGGUCUCUCUGAUAGCUCCAGCAUUGCUCUCGCUGCUUUUCUCGGUGGAGUCUCCUAUCUUCUUUCUCAGGACAUUGAUCUCCGCCCUAACCUUGCUGCCAUUUUGGGUCUUGCUUUUUUGGAUUCCCUUCUUCUCGGUGGUACCUGCUUUGCCCAAAUCUCAUGCUUCUGGCCUCCCCAUAAGCGUCGUGUCAUUGUUCACGAAGCUGGUCAUCUUCUUGUUGCUUCUCUGUGCUGUGGUGCAGCAUACCUCAUGGGCUGUCCUAUCCGUGGUGUCAUUUUGGAUCCCAUUGUUGCCAUGCAAAUGGGAGUUCAGGGACAGGUACUUCUCACUUUGUGUGAUUCUAUGCACUUUUCAGCUACAAAUGCAACCGUUUUCUGUAUUCGAUUGUCUUCGCAGGCUGGAACCCAGUUCUGGGAUCAAAAGAUGGAGAGUGAGAUUGCUGAGGGACGGCUUAGCGGUAGCUCAUUUGAUAGGUAUAGCAUGGUUCUUUUUGCUGGUAUUGCAGCUGAAGCACUUGUUUAUGGUGAGGCUGAGGGUGGGGAGAAUGAUGAAAAUCUCUUCAGGAGCAUCUCUGUUCUUCUGGAACCACCAUUAUCCGUAGCUCAGAUGUCGAAUCAAGCCAGAUGGUCUGUCCUUCAAUCUUACAAUCUGCUCAAGUGGCACAAGGCGGCACAUCGGGCCGCUGUUGAAGCUUUGCAAGUGGGAAGUCCUCUUAGCAUUGUGAUAAGAAGGAUUGAGGAAGCUAUGUCUCCAAGCAGGUGACUAAAGCACCAGCGCUUUCUGUUAUUCAAUUACUCAUAAGGACGGCACCAUAAUUUGGAAUUUAUCGAGACAGAAGCAGAUAAACUACCUGGCUGCAACCGAUGUUGUAUUUUUGGAUCCAUGUUCAAGUAAGUUAAGUUUUUAUCCACUGAGGGAGAUGUUGAGGACGUGAUAAUAGUAGUUCUCUUGCCUUAUUCACAUGUUCUAGCAAGCUUUUGAUAGCUUCAAGAAAUUGGUUGUAGAUUAACAAUCACUUGAAAACUGUGUAGUUAGUUGCAUUAUUGUAUCUAAACAUAAAGUGUGCUAAUACAAGCAGGGACCUCUAUUAUUCUU